GAACCAUAUAUCUUUUAUUUUUCUUAGUAGCUCAGUACAUGACAGACACAAAAGUAGCUUGCGCGCAGGCUAACACAGAAAGAGUCCUUAGAAAAUGAAAAACUAAAACCAAACUUUUCACAUUAUUAACGUCAAUUAGCACUAGUAAGCAAUUAAAAAACUUUGGCAAGCGUGGAAUAAGCGCAACGGGGAGAAGACCGAGAAAUUCACAACUAGUGACUUGCGCGAGAAACCAACAUGUAACUGAAGACAAACGCGGGAAAAUUGCGAAAACUAAUUUAUGUUUAUUCUGAUUGGCUGAGCUGAAAAAUUAAUGAAUAAAUCGUUACUUCAUUUUUCAUCAAUGGUGCAGCAAUCGACGUUAACAGUCAAAUCUUCAACAAACCUCCCAGAAAUAACGUUAUCGUCAAGGACCAAUGAAGCUGGCCAUGUUGUGGAAUCGCUUCACAAAAAAUGUGAAAUCCAUCAAGGUAGUCGGUCUCCCGAGCAAGAGUCGUCGGUAUCGUUCGGAUGAUUCUCGGGUAUCUUCGUUAUUUAUUUAGGUCAACGAUUGUUGGCAGUGUUGCUAGAAUUCAUUAGAACCAACAGGACAGAAGAGUUUUCAUCAUGGCUGUAAACUAAAUCUAAUUCGCAUAACUUUGGAGAAAUUAUUUCUUAGUUUCGUCCUUAUGUUUGUUAAGGAAGUAAAUGCUUGAGAUAAAUCCAGAAAUGCAAUUUUUAUUCCUAUACUUGCUUUGAUAUCACAGACUCGCGCUUUUAUAAAACUUAUAACAAUAUUCACUGAUUUUAACUUAGUCUUCAUUUACAUGACUAAAAAGUUAUAUUAUGUCCAGCACAAAAGAGUCAGGAUAGUAACAAAACAGAAAUUAAUUAACGGACCGUUUUGGUUCUUUGUUACAUCUUUGUAGUGGUACGAGAUUGCCUACCCCCAGUAGAGUAAUUAAUCCCGGCUGUUCGUCACAAAACUCUGAAAAUAUUCGUGUCGAGAACUUUAGUCGGAACGGAUAACGGCUUCGUAAACCAUCUCAAAUACAAAAUCUUACAAUCUGCAGCGUUUGAAACUAUCUUAUAUCGAAAAUGGCGAAAACAUACAAAAUUGACCCAAUUUUGAGGGAAAAGUUCAAUCGUAUUUCAAGCAUUUCGCGGAUAUGACAUUAACAUGGUUUAUAAUGAUGCUAUUUGUUCAAAGGAUUAUACUUCGAGAUCUGAGUUGGUAAGUUAAGACUGUAGAAUAACUUUGCCUUAAAAUAUAAAUAAUAAAAACUAAGUCUUGAGGUAUAGGUUUAUGAUGGGAAGUUUGUUGGAUGAAACCAGUUGAAUUUACUGAAUGUUCACUUCGCAUCGGAACAGAAUAGUUAUUUAGUGUUAAUUUGAGGGCAAUAUCGUACAAAGCUACAACAUGAAUUAGUCGAGAAGACUUGCCGCGAGUAUAAAUCUCUUGACUCAAACUGUCUGUAUAUUAAAUUAACUAAUUUCUACUCUAUGAGUGAGUAGUUGUAAAACGCCAUAUGAUUUCAACUGUAAUUUAUCGGUAAUUUUCAUGUAGUGCUCGAAAGGUUGUGUGUACCUUUCUGACAUAGUUAAGAUCGAAAAGUAAAUUCUCAAUAAUUUUAAUGGAUGAGAUCAAACUUUAUGACUUUGUACUGAUAUGGUAAGAUACACAUAACACUCGCCCAGCUUUGUUAAUGUGUAAUGAAUACACUAGAGGAGUUAUGAGGUGACUGCAGUAUUCGCAGGCCGAGUUAUUGAUUUUACAAAUCGACAGGCUAUAUAGCAGGAACUCACUGACAAGUUACUGAGAAUUUCGCAAGGGUAUUGCUGUGCAGUUCGUGACAGUCUGACAAGUUUGACUGGUUGUAAAUGUACAAAACAAUUGCCUGAAAUGCUUUCUGUGUAGUAAUUUCACGCUUAAGACAAUAGAGGCUUUCGUUCCGUACAACAACUUCAGUGAAAUUAGUGAUUCUAUGUGCAUAACAGCUGUUGAAGCAGAAGUGUCAAAUUAACAUAAAUUAUCAACAUUUCUAUGCACAAAAUUGUGACCCAUUUUUAAUUUGAAAACAAGGCCUAAAAAGACUCGUGAAAGGUCGAAUAACAUUUAAUUUUCCCUUUCUGUACAAGACGUUCCCUUGUUCGGCAUUUUAUCGUAGGUAAUCUAAAUAUUACAAUCUCGUAGAACAGUUAUCUGCGAACAAUUCUUACAGGUUGCCAUGACAAUGUCUCAACUUGUACUCGGUAACAGUUUUUAAUUGAUUUUCUUUGUGCAGCUGACAAACCCAAGCAUUCUUAAACUUCUGUUGACGGUGACUUAAUUCAGUUGCAGUUUUCUUAAGUACUGAUCGUGUACAAAAAAGGGGAGCGAAAAGUCACUUGAAACAAAUCUGAUCGGUCGACACAGGUCGAUGAAAGUAGGUUUAGUAAUUUUCACGAACCGAUUAAAAGAACUAAUUCUCAACAAUAUCUACACGACGAAGGAAAAAGAACUUCGAGGUAGAAAGAAAGACACAAAGACAGAACGAGUUAAAAACCGUUUUCUUUUGAACUCUGAAUGUCAACAUUUUCACUGGUCAAUGCACAGUAAUCUGUUAACUCUACAUCUUUACAGCUCUAGUGUGAGAUCUUGCUCGAAAAAAGAAGAGUAUUGUUUUGUUGUCGAUCAGUUUUCUUAAUGGUCGUAAUCUGUACACGCUUGUCUAUUUAUAGUGGUUAUAAAGCAACAUUGUUGACAAUAGGUCCUUUACAUAGCCUCUGGCUUUGUUGUAACGCGCCUGUUGUUCUGUUUAACCCAAUCUUUUUCGUUUACACAAAUCGCCAUCAACCAAUACCAAAACAAUACGUUGAUUUGUCGAAGAGGACAAACAUUUCAACUUCUAGUCCGUUCCUGAUUUCCUAUGCAUGGUCAAUUCAAAGUCUUGUUCGCGCUUCAGAAUGUGGCCUCUUAUGUUUGCAAAGGUGCAACUAGCGCUUUUGGAAAAGAAGAAACGAGACAAAAAUGAAUUUUUUCACGCUCAGGCAGAUCUCAUCGAUGAGGAAAUCAACUCAGAUUCUGAAAUCCAGUCACAAACAGCGCCACAAGGUGGAAAGCACAUGGCGUUGGCCUCAGUCAAUUCAGAGAUGGAUCCUAAACGCGCUGCAGCAAUGUUAGAACGACGCCGAGUUUCUGCCUCAGUCCACGAAAUACAGGAUUUAUACAGCGCCCUUCAAGAACUUGUCCCAGGAGGUGCGACAUCUUCACUCUCCCAGCGGGUGAAUUCCACAGACAAUAAACCCACUGACGUAUCUUCUAACCCCAAUUCUCCAAACCUGCGACGAAAAGUCCUCAACAAUCGUCCGAGAGAUGUGGCGCGUUCACCAACCAGCGAAGACGAGUCAACCCGGGUGAGAAGGUUGCUUCCGGUAACUCCUGAUUCGCCAUCAAACCCCCGCAAGUUUAACCCAAAAGUCAUCCAAGCUCUUGACGUGAAUGCCAAUCAAAGCCUCGUAAAAGGCAAACGCAAUCCUAAUAUGGGACGGCGAGGUUCCAGUGGCGAGGUACUGUUGAGUAUGCAAAGUGCUCAAUCAGGAAAACCGUCUCCUAAUAUGGGAAGGCGGGGAUCCAGUGGAGCGGUUCUUCUUGCCGUGCGAGCCAAUCAGCACAAAGCACCCAAAAGUCCCCUUGCACUGACGAGAAGUGCUUCGCAUCAUAACAUCGCUGGAGACUAUGAAACUGAUUCAGCUAGUCCAGUUUUACCAAGUCCUGUCAAACUAGACAGACUUAUUAGUCCUGAGGUGCUUGCAAGGCGAGGAUCUGAAGGAGUCCUUUUGACGCCAAAAAUGGACAAACACCAUAAAAAGCUAAGUCCUCUUCUGAUGAAGAGAAGGGGAUCAAGCGGCGAUAUUCUUACGUCAGAAAGCAGUAAACCAACUUCAGUCUCCUUACCCCGCAGUGCUGCGUCGUCACCAAGAAAAACUGCCACGUUGGACAGUGGAAUUGACUCCUCACCACGACGAGGCUCACUGAUAAAUGCACUGACUAAAUUUUCGCACACUUUCAAAAAGAAAACCCCGCCGUCGAGCCCAGAACGCAAAGAAAUAGCAUCGAUCAAAGGAGACUUUCACGGGGAAAACCAGACAGUGGUUGAUGGACAAGUGCAGAAUCAGAUGGAUAUGCUGUUAAAUUCUCUAAACGAUCUCCAGGGUACGUCUCAAGAAACAAACCACGGAAAUGCAAAUGAAUCAGAAAUCUUGAAGAAACUCGAUCAGCGUCGCGGAAGCCUGGGGACGGAAAUGCAGGAACUGCUUGGAGCGUUGCAAGAGCUCUCCGCCAUGACAACAAGUUCUGAUUCAGAUUCCCUCGGUGAUAACGAAUCGCAGUCGAGACGUGGGUCUGAGUUACAAGAUCGAGUGCAUGUUCAGCGUGAAUCAUUAGAACAACUGGAGGCGUACUUUACUGAAAAGUUACGAGAUGCCACAAUAGCCAGCACCUCGAAAACGCCUUCAGAGCGAUCCUCUGAAAGUGAUGCACCUCUGUCGGACAAAGAAGAUGGCGAAUUAAGCCAACCACCUUCAGAGUUGUCUAGCAAAAAGAGUUCCUUGGAAACAGCAAUGGUCGACGAAGGGAUCGAUGUUGUGGAUUAUCCUACCGAAGUUCUGCCGACGGAUGUCGAAGUGAAACGAACACAGUUGAAGGAGGAUCGUGAAGAGUUUGCCAACCAAGUCAACAAAAAACUGCAAGAUUGGCUCGAGAAGGCAAUGGCGCUAUCAGAAAGAGAAAAAAACUCUGCAACUUUUGAUAGUGAUGAAGCAAAGUAUGAUUACCUUGAUUCUGACGAAAGUGACUAUAACAAAGAGAAAGAACCAAAACGUAUGAAAAGAAAUCUCUUUUCUAAGUUGUCACUUCUACGCCGUGGCGAUAGGUCGCGUCCGAAAUACAAGCACCGAAGAACAAAGUCCAUGCAUGACGUCACCUUCUCCCUUGAGAACGAGCUUUCCUUUCAAGACAAAGAAAUUCAAAAUCCGACGACGACGAAUGCGCAGAAUGAAGACAAAUUAAGGCGUCCAAGCGUGACGCGCUCGAGAUCCAUGUAUAAUGUAACGCUUCCAAGAAGCAAAAAUCACAGCAAACGCCAGGUGAGGGAGGCAGAAGAUGUACCUCAAGCUUCGCACACUGUACAAACACAGUCAGCCGCCACUUUGCCUGAUGACAAAAGAAUUCAAGCUUCACAUGUACUAACAACCUCUAGUAAAGACUACUGUCAUGUGACCGAGAAAUCUUCACCGACGUUGCUGAACCCAGAAAUGAACACGACUCCAAACCGACAAACGCCCGGGAACAAAAACGUUAAACGGUCAGCUCAGAAAACACGAUUAUGUCGUUUGCCUACAGACUUGCCAUUCUUUUACACACCAAAAGCUGACAAGUCUCUCCCAUGUACCAGAGUGGCAGACCAGCAUUGUAAACAAACUAAAUCCCAAGAUAGGAUCAAACGUUUCCCGAAGAAUUCCGCAAACUGUACCGGUAUGGAGGAAAUUUUCUACAACGAAAAGGCAAGUGACAAUAGAAAACUGAGAAAGGCCUGCAGUAAUACACUGCCCCAUCCACGCAUUCUUGUAAACGACAGCACAAACUAUUUCUUUGGGGCGACUCCAAAUAAUAACCAAAGUGAAGGAGAGACACUUUUUUACCAAGGUGAUUCUCCAAAGUUGACUCCUCUACGACGCUUUGCAUCGGUUGACAGCUUCUUAGAUUCCAAAGAUUGCGAAGAGCCUCGGACGAAUGGGUCUUGUUGCUAUGGAAACGAGUUGUCAGUUGAUGACGCAGCCAGGAGGAAGAUGUGCAGAGGUCAGUCACCAUGCCCCUCGCCUCCGUCAAACCUAUGGGAAAUGGAAUUUACAAUCUAGAAUUAUAAAACAACUAAACGUAGUAUUGCGAUAUUUUAAUGUUUAUCCUUGCAUAUGUUAUCAUGUUUAUAUCUAUGUUUAUAAAUUUAUGAAGUCGGAUAAUUUGAGCGACAGACGA